AUGACGGGCGGAAGGUUUGACUUCGACGACGGCGGCACUUACUGCGGGGGGUGGGAGGAUGGCAAAGCCCACGGACACGGCAUCUGCACCGGACCCAAGGGCCAGGGCGAGUACGCCGGCUCCUGGUCGCACGGCUUCGAGAUAGUCGGGGUGUACACCUGGCCCAGCGGGAACACCUACAGGGGCUACUGGUCCCAGGGGAAGCGGCACGGGCUCGGGGUGGAGAACAAGGGGAAGUGGGUGUACCGCGGGGAGUGGAGUCACGGGUUUAAGGGUCGCUACGGGAUCCGGCAGAGCCACAACACACCUGCCCGGUACGACGGCACCUGGAGCAACGGGCUGCAGGAUGGAUAUGGGAUCGAAACUUAUGGGGAUGGAGGUACCUAUCAAGGCCAGUGGAUGGGUGGUAUGCGGCAUGGCUACGGCGUACGUCAGAGUGUUCCCUAUGGCAUGGCCACCGUUAUCAAAUCACCUCUCCGUACAUCCCUGGCCUCCCUGCGCUCCGAACAGAGUAAUGGAACGGUGCUCCAGGACCUCUCCUCCACCGCAGACACGCCGACAGGCAGUCGUGGCGGCUUCGUCCUCAACUUCCACUCAGACAGCGAGGUCGUCACCGGCAAGAAGAAGGGCCUGUUCCGCCGGGGCUCGCUCUUUGGCAGCCUCAGGCAGCUGCGCAAGUCGGACUCUCGGACCUCCAUCUCCAGCAAGCGCAGCUCCGCGAGAAGCGACGCCACCAUGAGCCGCAUCAGCUCCAGCGACGCCAACUCUACCAUAUCCAUUGGUGACGGCGAGCUGCCAGACGAGGACCUACCUCUGGAGGACCAUGUGGACGCCACCACGACCGAGACCUACAUGGGAGAAUGGAAGAAUGACAAACGCAAUGGAUUUGGUGUUUCGGAGAGAUCCAAUGGGAUGAAGUACGAGGGAGAAUGGCUUAACAACAAGCGCCAUGGUUACGGGUGCACGGUUUUCCCAGACAGCACCAAAGAAGAAGGGAAGUACAAAAAUAACGUGCUGGUGCGUGGAAUACGGAAGCAGUUGAUUCCUCUUAAAAACCCCAAAACCAAAGAGAAGGUGGACCGGGCUGUGGAGGGGGCACAGAGGGCUGCAGCCAUCGCCAGGAGUAAAGUGGAAAUAGCAGCCUCCAGAACGGCCCAUGCCAGGACAAAAAGCGAAGCCGCGGACCAGGCCGCUGUCUCUGCUGUGCACGACUCUGAAAUUGCCAGGGCGGUUGCCAGGGAGCUCUCCCCCAACUUCUACCAACCAGGUCCUGACUACGUAAAACAACAGUCAAAGGAGCCCGUGGAGAUUAAAGAGGUCCCUGUUGAAAAGAAGGAGAACGCCACGAAAGAUUCUCCUCACUUCUACCGCAAAGGUACGACUCCUCCCCACUCCCCUGUGACCAGUGCAGGAGGCACACCUCCCCCCUCGCCCCACUCCAGCAAGAAAAAAGGUCACAGCACCUCCAACAGCACGAGCCGCAAAACCAGCAAAGAGGAGAAACCGUCCCGCAAAACCAGCAAAGAGGAGAAGUCAAGUCAGAAGACCAGCAAGGAUGAGCGGUCUGGCAGAAAGCUGAGUAAAGAGGAGAGGCUGUCCGUCACCGAUGGCCCCAAAAGUUCUCACGUCCACAUCGAGGCUCCACCUAAACCUGCUAAGGUUCAGCAGCCCACCCCGGCCUCGGCUCCUCCUCCACAGCCCCCUGCAAUUCCAGUCAACGGGCAGCUCCACACUGAGUACCACAGUUACUAUGUCAAGACCCCUACAAGGAUCCCUCGUCCCCCGGACCCUGAGGAGGAUGUCGAGGAAGAGCCUAGUGUCCUGACCCUGGCACGUAUGCCCCCACAACCCCCCAAGUCCUAUAGCACCCCUACUCCUAAGCCGGCCUCCAUACGGGAGAGCAAGAGCGACCCGAAACUCAGGAAGCAGGAUUCCCUAAAGCCAAAGAGCCUCGCAGACACAAAGAAAGCUAGUAUGGAGAUUGCAGAAAACGGCGAAGGAACAGGUCCUAACUCGAUCCUUGUUGCUAUGGUAAUGCUGUUGAAUAUUGGCCUUGCAAUUAUAUUUGUCCAUUUUCUGACAUGAUGAUGCUGUUUCUCUGUAAAGCCAUGGCAACCGGUACGGUUGCAUCGCCGGCCUUGAAAAAUGAAAAUGGCGCCAGUGAGACACGGGGGCGGCCGUAGGUGUUUGGGAAUCAGCGUGACACCGAAGAGAAUCGGGAGGAAGGCAGCGCUAACACCGACCUGCCAUGGGCCUUCUUCAGGGCCAGCCCUGUGAAUUAGCACUCCUUUGGCUUCUCUAAAAGCUGAGGUGAAAUGUUGUGUCUAGUGAGAUUUAAAAAAAAAAAAAAGUUAAAAAAUGCAACCAAACAUACACAGUCUGAAAAAAGAAGUAAUUGAAACCCACUCGUGUGCUGAUCCAAGCACUGGUCUCUGUGGCCCACUGCCAUGGCAGAGGUAGCGGUGGGCCGACGGACUUUGCUGGAGGAGAAGAGUGUGGAGAUGCACUUUUAGAUGACGGGAGCAAACAGCUGCCUUUCUAUUUUGCCAUCUGACGUUUUGAUGGGGAGAUGUGAGCCCGACGACAGGAGGGGGGGGGGCAAUGAGGACAGUCGCAGCGGGAGCAUGCUCGGGUGUUCGGAGCGUUUUCUGGGCUUCACACCACUCUUGCAACAGAAAACUGGGCACGGCCGCCUCCAGCAGUCGGUGCUAGCACGGUCACUAGCCAGUCUUACUCGGUUAACCCAAUUAUUACCGCAGCUUUCUGGAGCUCCGUCCAUUGUUACCCAGGAUACACUGCUUUGAAAACACUCCCCGUGCAUGGUACAGUUUUAACAUUUGUUUGUUUUCUGUUCUCUUGUAGCUUCUUCUUUCGUUCAUCGUGGUUCUCUGAAUGUUGGUUACCUGCAGUCAUAAACGCUUGUAGUUGAAAAUUUCUCAUCUAAGAAUGAGUGAAUAAAUUGAUUUUCCCUUUUUUGUUUUUGAAAAGUUCUAGUUGUAAUUUGACAUUACACAUUCGUGUUACUGAACGUGCAAUAUGUUUUAUUUUUUCAAAGUAAAGCUACUAUAUUUUGCCAAAACAGAGGGUUGUACCCAUAUAAAAAAAAUGCUAUGUUCCAUUUAUUUAGUCAAUUUGAAUAUGCCUGACUGGACAAAGUGUUGAUUACCAGCUGGCAUUGUGUUUAGACGGGAGGUUGAGAUUGAAGUAGCAAAUGUCUUAUGUUAUUUAUUGAAUCAGAAGGAAAAUUAUUUCAUGCCAAGACCAUUUUUUGCUUGAAUUCCUUCAUUCUUUUCUUUGCUUUCAUUGUUUUAUAUAACAAUAGAUGCAUUUCAUUCACGCAACCGCUUCUGUGGGCCCGGCAGUGCUUACACGCUGAUGAGACUGGAUCAGGGCAGUCUUGUGGAUGGUUGAAGGUGAAUUUAUUCAGGUUGAGGCCAUGGGGAAUGUGGCAGCAGGGAGAAGGAGAGAUGCCUUUUAAAAAUAAAAAAAAAAAAAAAAAAUAAGAUAAAAGUCUUUAACAGUACGACUGUUUACCUCGGAAAAAAGAUGAGGAAACACGGGAGGGAGAGAGAUGCCAUCCUUGUCUUAACUUUGUUGUGUUGUGGGGGGGACACUCUGACUGUUGUCAUCACCUCCAUCGUGCUUUUUAACUCGCUUCAUCGUAGCUGUUUAGUCUUUGUUGCGGGUAUGGCAUGAGUUUCUUUGAUUUAAAAAAAAAAAAAAGUGGUUAUUUACAUGCUUGACAUUUACUUGUCAUCACUACCAAGAUUAAUUAUUUAUUCAUUGUACAAAUGACGUGUUUGUGAACACUGGUAAUCAUAAAAAAAGGGCUUUAAUAUGGCUGUGGGUGUCUUUGCUGCAGUACAGUUUUGAAGUUUAACUCGACGACAGUAGAUUAUUUUCUGUUACGAAACGAGCAGCACGGUAUAUUUUGGAGGAUGCUUCAGCCAGUUAGAUGUCUGCAAACUGUCAAUAUAUAACUACCAGAAAACUACUGAAAUCUAUACAAUAAAAGCAGACCAAGAAAACAAAUGACUGAACAUCUAAUUCUUCGCCCUUCUUUGCCCUCCUUUUCUUUGUUUUCCACGUCUUCACACGAGCAUCGUGAGGACUGGAGUUUCAGAGGGUUUAACACAACAGCCUGUUUAUGGGGGAUAUUUUUUUGAAAUGCAACAUUGCAUGUCGGAGACAUUUAUAUAUAGAUUAUUAUAUACUAUUUGUAAGGAUUUUUACAGAGCACAAUCCAGAAUCUGGUAUGAGUUGGUAUUUUUCUAACAAUUUGCACACCUGUAUUUUGAAAAUGGAUAUAACUUGUUUGUAAUUGGUAACGUAAAUGCACAUAUGAUAAUGUUUGACAGUGGAAAAAAAGUACUUUUAUCUCUAAUUGGUUGUACUGUAUGUACCAUUAUGGGGAUAUGAAAGGCAGAUGUACUUGUUUGAGUAUUUGAGGACAUAACGAGGAACUGCAGGAGACUUUUGAUAUCUCAAGGUUCAUGUUACCCCACUGAUUUGUGCAAAGUCUUUGGAGAUCAAGUUAUGUGUAUAACAAUAAAGAUGUUAUGCCUUGUUAAA